GUCACGCCAGAUCCGUGCCCCUCUCUGCUGCCCGCAGAUCUCCAAGUGUGAGGAGUUGCUCCUCGUCGGCGGAGGUUGCGGCUCCUAGCUGCGUGGCGCUGCCCUCCCUUGACGCUCUCCUUGAUUCUCCCCUGUGCGCUCAGGGCCCACUUUUGAGGUCUAUUUCCUCGCCUUCCAGAAAAGAAUGCAGUUCUGAGAGGGCAGGGAGGGCCGCAGCUUCCUCUCGGCUCACCGAGUGCUUCUAGCAGAACAGAAUGCUGCAGCUAAGUCUGUCUCCACGUCCCCCGGCCUGCUGCCUCCUCAGUGGAGAAACGAGACUUAACAAGGAGAAAAUACUUCAAGGACAAGGCGUGGACGAGCCCCUUUCCGAGACUGGGUUCAAACAGGCGGCUGCGGCGGGGAGUUUUCUGAAAAAUGUGCUGUUCACACACGCGUUUUCCAGCGACCUCACCAGGACGAGGCAGACCACCCAUGAGAUUUUGGAGAAAAGCAAAUUUUGCAAAGACAUGACAGUAAAGUAUGAUUCAAGACUUCGCGAAAGGAGGUACGGGGCUGCUGAAGGCAAGGCGCUGAGCGAGCUGCGGGCCAUGGCCAAGGCUGCGGGGAUGGAGUGCCCGGUGUUCACGCCUCCCGGAGGAGAGACGCUGGAGCAGGUAAAAACGCGUGGAAAAGAUUUCUUUGAAUUUCUUUGUCAACUAAUCCUAAAAGAAGCAGGUCAGAAUGAACAGCUUUCCCCAGAAGUCCCAGUCAACUAUCUGGAAACUUCUUUGGCGGAGAUAUUUCCUUUAGGAGAAAACUGCAGUCCCGAGUGCUGUGUGGACCGCGGCCAUCCAGGACUGGCAGCCAGCAUCUUGGUGGUGAGCCACGGGGCCUACAUGAGGAGCCUUUUCAGCUAUUUUCUGACCGACCUGAAGGGCUCCUUGCCAGCACUUCUGAACAGAUCGGAACUUCUGUCUGUCAGCCCCAACACUGGGAUCAGCCUCUUCAUCAUAGACCUCGAAGAGGGUCGGGAACCCGAGGUCCACUGCGUCUGCAUGAACCUGCAGGAUCACCUGAACGGAGUCAACUGAAGGCGCCGAGUUCCAGCGGUGUUAGAAUCUGAGCAAUUUGAGGGUCUGUAGGGAGCACCUUUGGCUUGCUUCAGUUCUGUCCUUUGCUGUGGUGAUUUGGAAACAAUGAAAAAUCAGCUUGUAAACCUCUAUCCCAAACAAUGAUGGAAAGCCAUUUUGCACUGAUUUAAUUUUUACAAGCGCUGUUUGCAUUUUCCAGAGUAAUUUUGCUGCCCUACUCAGUCACAUCUCCAUAUUGAAAAUGGGCAGAGGAACUGAGCAUUGCAGUUGGGUAUUAAUCACCUUUUACUGUGUCUUCCCUGUUUUAAAAUGUUGAUGUAUUUUUUUAAUGCUCAGCUUAUAUUAUUGGCUCCUGCUAAAAUACUGUAUGCUUUUUGCAUCUCAUCUGGUGCUUCAGUGAAGGAGCUCCCUGUAAAUGACACUGCAUAUUUGUAGCAACUGUGUUAUAUUUAAAAAGGAAAUAUUCUUUAAAGGAAAUAGUGUCCCCAUUAUAAGUUCAUGUAAAGUAAAAUGAUAAGAGAACACUAAAUGUUGUAUGUAGAAACCAGCCGUUGGAAUAUUUAUUUUUAUUCUAGAGGGCCCAGGUGUGGAUGAGGAUACACUGUGACUGCAGAAAGGCGCAGAGAGAGGUUGGGCACCAUGCGGUUAGAAUACCUUACUGAAAGUAAUGGAGCUUGUUCAGGAUACCUUGCAAAAGCUGCCAGUGAGAACCGGGAAAAUAAACAAAAACACACAAAAAACCCAAAGUCUGAUGGGGAGAAUGAAGAGCAAGAUCAUCUUGCUUCUUAUCUAAUCGGUAGCUGAAGACUCCAGUCUGAGAAGAGCCUCAGGGAGAAAGUAGCUAAUACACACCGCACAGCAACCUCAGUGUAUGGGGACAGCUUAGUUGAAAAGUGCCCUGCGACAGCGACAGCUGGCUCUGUGGAGGGUGCAGAUGGAGUUUUCUCUUCUUCCCACCAGGUGGCACUAGAGGAAAGGGUUUUGAUCAACCUAAUUUUGUAUCUACCAUUGGUUCUUCAAAAGUCCUUAUCUAAGUGGAAAGGUGUCUUACAUGUAGUUUGAUUCUAAGUCACCAUGCUUAUGAAUGCUGUGAAUCCCAGCAUUAAAGAGAAUUAAUGCUAAGUGUGUCAGUAAAGGCAGACAAAUGACACUAACAUAACACUAAACGACCUUAGAAGUUCAUUUAAAUUGUACAUAGAGUUCAGUAUUGCACCGUUUACAGGGUGUCCAGCAUGACCACUUUUUCUGCCAGUAUUAGAAACAGGGCAUGAAUUUGAACACCAGAAGAAGUGCACUAUAAAUCCUUGAAUUAAUAGCCGAAAAGACACUUUCCCGAAAUAAUGUUUUAAAUGUAAGAAAACAAUAAGCUGUAAGUAGAAUUCCCUGUAACAGUGCACUUGCAGAGAGCUACGCAGUAAGUCUGAAUUUAUUUAAGUCUUUCACAUUUUCACCCGGUGUCUGGAAGGCAGCUCUGUUGUUCUGGUGCUUUAAAAAGAUACGCGAUUAUCAUCAAGCUGUCUGUAUGCUUUAUUUUUGUCUGUUAUGUGUCAGGACACUAUCUGCUAUAACCACUGUAUUCUGUUAAAUAAACACAGCACAUUUUGUUUAUUUGUUUUCGCA